CUGAUCUGGCUCCCCUUAACCACUGUAGCCAUCACACAGACCAAGAUCCUUACAAGGAAGCCCGAAAAGGAUCAGCUUUCUGAACAAGAGCUGAUUUUGUGAAACACCAGGCAUUUCAACAGUGAAGAAAAUCUGGAGGCUUUGUUUGUUAUGGCAGCUGGGAUUUGUCUAUAAUCUAGAAGACACAUGGCUGAGUUGAAGAUUCCCCUUAUUUGCCGGAUGCCGAGAACUAUGAACAGGCAGUGAGUACUGCGAUAUUCCUAUGAGCCCUAAUUUCCCAUCUCCUACUGGGGAGAAGAGUCAGAUCCUGGAAAACCAGCCAAGGAAUGGUCCCAAUGUGCCCACCGUGGGAGGGGGAUUUCCAGUUUCAAGGCCAAGGCUGAGAUGCGAGGGCUUGAGAACGGGCAAUAGAAGGACAACAAAAGAAGGAGCCGGUGAUUUGAAAUUCCAGAACUUCGCUCUGCCGAAAAAUAGGUCAUGGCCUCGCAUCCAGAGUGACACAGGCCAGUACCAGAGUAUUACUGAGUCUCUUCCUGAUGAUGAUGGGGAUUUCACUGCAGUCCUGGAUGGAGCAAAGGGCCACAGUGAUGAAGACUAUGCAGAACCCGAGCUUCAGAUGGCAGAGACGUGGCAAUCAAUGAAAAUUUUACCAGCCAGACCUAUAAAGGAAUCUGUAUAUGCAGAUAAGCGCUAUUUCAAGGGUGUAAUGGACACGCCCCUUUCAACAGGUGCCAAGACCUCUAUCUCCAUUGAGGGGCAGACUUGGAACAGGUGGAUGAAGCCGGAAGAGGUGGACAAACCCAUUUCCAAGGACAUCAGAAGUCAACAUAUGAAAGGAGAUAAAGUCAUAAAGGGAAACAAGACUCCUUUACUGCCUCCUCGGCCUCCCAUGGCACUUCCCAAGAAGUACCAGCCUUUGCCCCCCGAGCCGGAGAACAGCAGGUCACCUUUCUCUCAGAGACACACCUUUCCGGAAGCCCACAGAGGGCCCAGACAGAUGAGCUUAAAGGACUUAAGUGAGGUCCUUGGAGCAGAGAAAGUUCCUCAUCAUGAGAUGAAGCCUGAAUUAUCUCACCUGUCACAAACCCAAAAUAUUCAAGAGAGUCCUGUUGCCAUUGCCAGCUCUUCCUUCAUGUCAAGCAACCACAGAGUGCAAAGUAGAGAUGAUAAAGGAAACCUGCAAUCCUGUUCUCCUCAGAGAUGUCAGUUCCCAAUCAGCUACAUCCCUCAUGAAAAUAACCUACCCUAUAAAAAUGUAAACUGGAGAAAACCUUUGCCUGCAAGAUCUGAUAAAAAGAAAGCCCAGCACGACUGGUACAUUAGAGAAUACGGUCGCCAAGCAGUUGAAGAGGCAUUAAUGAAGGAGAACAAGGAUGGGACUUUCUUGGUCCGAGAUUGUUCCAAGAAAUCCAGGGCAGAACCCUAUGUUUUGGUGGUGUUUUAUGGAAACAAAGUCUACAAUGUGAAAAUCCGCUUUCUGGAGGGGAAUCAGCAGUUUGCCCUAGGGACCGGACUCAGAGGAGAUGAGAAGUUUGAUUCCGUGGAAGAUAUCAUCGAACACUACAAGAAUUUUCCUAUUAUACUAAUUGAUGGGAAAGAUAAAACUGGCAUCCACAGGGAACAAUGCUACCUAACUCAGCCACUCUCUCUCGAUAGACACUUCUCACCUAAGUAGCCUGGUCUUUGUGUUAUCUUUAGUUCAGUGGAUCUGAUGCCCCUAUCAUUUUUCACUUAUUUCAAAAGAUUAUUUUCUGUGCCUGCUAAGGGCUUGCUUUUCGGACUUCAUACAAAAGAAAAACAUUCUUUAAUGGAAAUUGGAAUAGCAAUCAAUUUUUUUUUUAAUCUUCAUUUUAUUGAGAUAUAUUCACAUACCACGUAGUCAUACAAAACAAAUCAGCAAUCACUUUUGUGAAAGUUCAAACCUUAAGAGGAAAUAUUUGUAAGAUGAAAAUAUAAAAACUAACUUUUUAAAAACACCUCCUAAGGAAAAAAAAAGCACAUAAACAUGGUCUUUAUAGGCAUGUUGUAGAUGAGCAAAAGAGGUUCCAAGAAUCUUGUUUGAUUUUUGCACCGAGCACCUGAAUGUCUAUGUGAGAUUCUCAAAUCCAUCCUAUGUCCAGGACACUGCGCUGUCUUUAUGUCAGAACUAUUUGGAUUUGUGCCUUUACAAUGUUUUAGUAAUUCCUUAUGCUAAAUGAGUUGGUAAAUGUUAUCUUUAUUUUAUAUAUAUAUAUAUUUUUUUGCAAUCUUGGAAUGUCAAUUAUAGGGAAGGAAUGUGGUAUGGAAAACAAGAGCACUUGGGAAUAUCACCUUAAAGACAGAAAUCAGAAACACUUUUACUAUGGUGAGAAAUGGUCACAGGACUAGUCUCUACCAUAGGCUGAUUAGAGUAGCUUUAAUCCAAAUGGAAUUAGCAAAUUCAGGGUGAGGAACUUAGAAGAUUGUAUCCUGCUAGGCAUUAAUCAGACCUAAAUCUGAGUGUAAGUAAAAUUUUUAAAAUAAUAAUAAUAAAUUUUUUAAAAACUCUAAUUACAGACUUUCAUUUCGUUCUAUGGUAGAGAACUUUCUUCAAAUGAGUGCUAAUGUUUUGCAGUGUCAGUGCACAUGUUAUAAUUUCAUUCCUGUUUUAUAAUACAGAUGGAGAAACUGAGGCUCAAAGAAGUUAUUUCUCUUACGCAGUGUCACUGGAGAGCCCAGAUUUUAAUCCAUUUUGCCGGGCUCCAUGCAAGUUCAUCUCCUCCAGUACAGCCCUGUGUUAUGGAAGUUGACAGUCGAGUUGAGGAGCUAAAUUUAAAAAGAGAAAGAGAAAUAAUUUGAAAAUAUAGAUUUACCCACUGCCUGAGUUUCCUGGCUGGUAAAACAAAUACCACACAACUGGUAGGCUUAACAACAGGAAUUGAUUGGCUCACAGAUCAGAAACUAGAAGGCUUGCUUCUGGCUGGCCAGCAAAUCUUUGGGGUUCCUUGGCUUUUCUGUCACAUGAUGAUGUGCUCUCCUUUAUCUUCUCGCUUUGUUGACUUCCAACUUCUGCUCCUCCCUCUUGACUUUCUCCCUGUGACCUUCUCUAUAUGACAUCCAGUUAUAGAAUUAAGACCCAUCCUGAUUCAAUUGGCCACACUUGAACUAAAAAUGACAGCUUUGAAAGGUGCUAUUUACAAUGGCUUUACACCCACAGGAACGGAGUAAAAAUUAAGAACAUGUUUUUCUGGGGUACAUAAUUCAACCUACCACACCCACCUUAAAAAUAAAUAAACUCUUGAGGUGGUGAUAGCUACUUCUUUUUCUUCUUAACAUUAUAUCAUGCAUUUAUAGUUGAGAGAUUGAAUAUACAAAAAAAAAAGAAGAAAGAAAGGAGUUGCUAUUGAAAUUAAAAGCACAUGAUGGCAUCAGAUGUUACCAAAGCCUCUAUAU